AUGCUGCCUUUUACGAGCGCAGUGUUUAUGACCUGGUUGUUCAUUGCAAAUGCUGAGCAGUGUGAAGAGUGUGGAGCGAUGUCUUUCCUUCAGAUGGCACUUGGCAAGGAGAAGCAGAAGAUCAAGCGAAUGCACCGAGUAGAAGGAGCAAGCUAUGAUCUUCCGUGCCCUUCUCCUGCAGAGAUGCAGAGUCCGUUUGCAGAGCAAGUUGCUGCAAUGAUGAGCGGAUCGAAUCACUCGGCAGCCCGGCUUACAUCUUUAGAAGGCUGCGCCAUGCUAUUUGCAUGCGUGGACAGCGGCAGCAAAACGGAGCAGGAUUCAUGGGCCAACGCCAAGGCCGUUGACCUGGCGGUCUACAGCCUCCGAACCUGGCCCCAUGAUGAGGCCAUCCAGGUGACGUGUGCCAGCGCCGUGGGCCCGGUGAUCUUGUUCCACCGUCCCAAUGGGCUGCGAGCUGGGCAGCUGGGGGGGCUCAAUGCCACCUUCGCCUAUUAUGGAUCCCACAUGGACAACGAACUGGUCACUGGCCUGGGAGGCGCUAUCGGCUCUUACUUCGACAAGAGCAACGAGAACCGGCAGAUUGCAAGGGAACUGGGGGGGAUUGAGCUGCUGAUCCAGAACAUCCGCAACAAUUUCCAUGGACAGUACAGCGACUGGGCGUAUGAGCCGGUGAAGCAGUCGCUCUUCGGCUUAUCCUCGGGAACGUGGACGAAUCAAGACGUUGCCGCGCGGAUGCAGAUCGUCCCCUUGCAUGUUCAGCUGAUGAAGGAGCACGGGAACGAGACGAAGAUCGGGGAGGAGACCCUGCAGGCUGUCAAGGCGAUGCUCUAUGGGCGGGACUCCUUCCGGUGGAACUACACCAACGCAGGCAUCUUUGAGGCCUUGGUGGGUGUCCUGCGGGGCAAUCCCACUGAUCGUGGUGCCAUCAGCCUCAGCUGCGAGAGCAUCGUCUGCUUGGUGGGCGUCACCUUCAUGUUUGGGCCCACACUUCGUUUGCCGCGUCUCUUGGCCUUUGACCCGGCGAUCCAGGCGAAAGCCACUGAGGCUGGAAUACUUGAGGCUCUGAUCGAGACAGCCACUUCGAACCGCGAGCUGGAGCACUUUGAGCAUAACUUCAACUUUGAUGUUGAUUCCUCGUAUAAUGCAAAGGCCACCUGCUAUCAAGCCUUGCAUGUCAUGGCCAAAGACAACAUGGAGAAUCGUGCUGGAAUCCUGGAAGCCAAAGUUCCGGAGAGGAUCGAAGAGAACUGGGCCGAGCUCGAUCAUCAAGGCCAAGUUGAGGCCUGUGGACUCUUCUCAGAGCUUGGUCUUCAGAAGUCGAAAUGCCCCUGA